ACUACAACGAUAAAUGAACGAACCCUAGAAAUUCUGUCACCUUCAAACUUCUCUCAAACACAACAUUGAUCUUCGAUCUCAAAUUUAUUCUUGACUAUCAUAUGAUAUAAAGUGUCGGAAACUUCUCAAAUUAGUGCAUGUAAGUUUCAUAACCCAAUUUAAUCUGAUUGAUUUGAAAUGAUUUCGCAUCGAGAUAGUGUUAAUUGUCAUUUUGGAGUUUGUAUGAUCUAAGAUCUUGUUGAUUUAGUUCGUUUUUUGUAGUCGAGAUGGUAGUCAUUUAUUUGAAUUUGAUCUAAUCAGUUACGUGUUUGUUUUAUCAAAAACUUACUGCAUUGUAUAAUGUCGAUUGCAUGUAACUGUUUUCCUAACAAUGUGAAUUCAUUUGUUUAAAUGUAAAGCGAGGUUUGCUUUUUCCUGGCAGAUAAUAAUCGGAAUUUACCCUUUUGGGAGGCUUCCAAGAAUUUUUUGUUUUUAGGUUGGAAAUUAAUAAAGAUAGAAAAAGAUAAAGAUGCAAUCGAGAUCAUAUACUAAUCUUCUAGAAUUGGCUUCUGGGAAUUUCCCUGUAAUGGGGCGAGAGAGGGACAAGCGAAAGAUGCCAAGGAUAAUGACUGUUCCCGGAAGUAUCAACGAAUUUGACGAUGAGCCAGCAAGUAGUGUUGCAUCUGAUAACGCUUCUUCACUUUCUAUGGAUAGAAUCAUUAUAGUUGCAAAUCAAUUGCCUCUGAAAGCCAAAAGAAGACCUGAUAAUAAAAGCUGGAGUUUUACUUGGGAUGACGACUCUCUCCUUUUGCGACUCAAAGAUGGUUUUCCUGAUGACAUGGAAGUUCUAUAUGUUGGCUCCUUAAAUGUCGAUGUUGAUGGAAUUGAACAAGAUGAUGUUGCUCAACUCUUGUUGGAAAGAUUCAGUUGCGUCCCAACUUUUCUUCCACCUAGCCUCAUCGAAAAGUUCUACACUGGUUUUUGCAAGAAACAGUUGUGGCCUCUCUUUCACUACAUGUUACCAAUUUCAGCUGAUCAUGGAGGUAGAUUUGAUCGAUCUAUGUGGGAAGCCUACGUCUCUGCAAACAAAUUGUUUUCCCAGAAAGUAAUCGAAGUCAUAAAUCCCGAAGAUGAUUUUGUUUGGAUACAUGAUUAUCAUCUAAUGGUGUUGCCUACUUUCUUGAGAAGACGAUUUAAUCGUUUAAGAAUGGGAUUCUUCAUCCAUAGCCCAUUCCCUUCUUCCGAAAUUUACAGAACACUUCCUGUUAGAGAAGAAAUCCUAAAAGCUUUACUCAAUUCUGACCUAAUCGGAUUCCACACCUUCGAUUACGCCCGUCAUUUCCUUUCCUGUUGUAGCCGAAUGUUCGGAUUGGAAUACCAAUCCAAAAGAGGGUAUAUAGGAUUAGAUUACUACGGACGAACAGUCGGAAUCAAGAUAAUGCCAGUUGGAAUCCACAUGGGACAGAUAGAAUCUGUGAUGAAACUUGCUGAUAAAGAAUUAAGAACCAAGGAACUCAAGCAACAAUUUGAAGGAAAAACCGUGUUGCUUGGAGUUGAUGACAUGGACAUCUUCAAAGGCAUCAAUCUGAAGCUUUUAGCAAUGGAACAAAUGCUGAAACUACAUCCAUCUUGGCAAGGAAUAGUUGUUCUUAUCCAAAUUGCAAAUCCAGCUAGAGGUAAAGGUGGUAUAGAUUUGGAAGAAAUUCAAGCUGAAAUUCAAGAAAGUUGUAAACGUAUAAAUGAAGAAUUCGGUAAACCUGGGUAUCAACCAAUUAUUUAUAUAGACAAACCAAUGUCAGUUAAUGAAAGGGUUGCUUAUUACAGCAUAGCUGAAUGUGUUGUGGUGACGGCUGUAAGAGAUGGAAUGAAUUUAACUCCAUAUGAAUACAUCGUAUGCCGAGAGGGAAUUCCCAAUUCCGAUUCCGAUUCCGGUCCCAAGAAAAGCAUGUUAGUGGUAUCGGAAUUUGUUGGGUGUUCUCCUUCUUUAAGUGGUGCAAUUCGUAUCAAUCCAUGGAAUGUUGAAGCAACUGCUGAAGCAAUGAACGAAGCUAUAUCAAUGGGAGAACCUGAGAAACAAAUGAGACAUGAGAAGCAUUAUCGUUAUGUGAGUACACAUGAUGUGGCUUAUUGGUCUAGAAGCUUCUUGCAAGAUAUGGAAAGAAGUUGUGCAGAUCAUUUUAGGAAAAGAUGUUGGGGAAUCGGUUUAGGGUUUGGGUUUAGAGUUGUGAGUCUUGAUCCGAAUUUUCGGAAGCUUUCGAUUGAUGAUAUUGUAUCAGAUUACUUAAAGGCUAAACGCAGGGCGAUUUUUUUGGAUUAUGAUGGAACUGUAAUGCCUCAAAAUUCCAUCAUUAAGACACCAAGUAGAGAAGUUAUUUCACUUCUGAAUACACUUUCUGGUGAUCUGAAUAAUACGGUUUUUAUUGUUAGUGGAAGAGGUAGGGAGAGUUUAAGUAGGGCUUUUUCUCCAUGUAGGAAGCUUGGAAUUGCAGCUGAACAUGGCUACUUCAUAAGGUGGUGUCAAGAUGUUGAGUGGGAGACGUGUGGUCAGAGUAGUGAUUUUGGAUGGAUGGAUAUGGCUAAACCUGUGAUGAAACUAUAUACAGAAUCAACUGAUGGAUCUUCUAUAGAAACUAAAGAAAGUGCUUUAGUUUGGCAAUAUAGAGAUGCAGAUCCAGGGUUUGGAUUUGCUCAAGCAAAAGAGAUGCUUGAUCAUCUUGAAAGUGUCUUAGCAAAUGAACCUGUUGCUGUUAAAAGUGGUCAAUAUAUUGUGGAAGUCAAACCUCAGGCAUCAAGUAAAGGUCUUGUUGCAGAAAAGAUCUUCACAUCAAUGGCUGAAAAUGGGAAACAAGCUGAUUUUGUGCUUUGUGUGGGUGAUGAUCGAUCUGAUGAAGAUAUGUUUGAAAUAAUCGGGAAUGCAAUUUCAAGAAAUAUAAUUUCUGUUAAUACUGUGGUUUUUGCAUGCACGGUUGGACAAAAACCAAGUAAAGCAAAAUAUUAUCUUGAUGACACCAACGAAGUUAUUUUAAUGCUUCAAAGUCUGGCUGAAGCUACUGACUCUCCCGCUUUAUCUGAAGAUGAAAAUUACGGGUCCCGUUAUCCUUAAAAUAAUUUCAUUUUUUAAAAGUAGUACUAAUUAUUAUUAUUCUUUUUUUUGAUCAAAUAAUUGCAUAUUUUGUGUCUAUGCACAUUCUUUUACAUAGAUGAGGUUGUAGGUUUAGUGUAUUCUUUUCAAGAAGUAGUAGUUAGUGUACUUUACUUUCAUUGAUUUGUUUAUUAUAACAUUUUGCUUU